AUGGAGAAUCGCUUCAAAUCACAGGUCUCUAAAAUCUUUCAAUCUACUUUCAAUUCUUGCCGGCCGAAAAACAACUCCGACGUCUCCGACCGCCACUUAUCCUUCCUGAAAACGCCCCACCACCGCCGCCUCAUCGACCUUUUCUCACCAAAACCACAACCACUUUCUUCAACCUCCUCUAACCUCAAACCCCAUCUUUCCCGGCUCGGAACCACACCUUAUCCGGGGAACACAGACCGGCAUACACCACAUUCCGUUUCUCCUCUUCACGAAAAAACAUCCAAAAGAGGACGUAAAAAGAAACCUCAUCACCGGAAAAGAAGAAACAUUGCAAGUUUUUCGUCACUCACAGAUAACUAUUACAAUAAUUGGUGGAGUAGCGACGAAGGUGAUAAAAGCAACGGUGAAAACAGUCUGUUUUCCCGUCGGUCUUUCUCUUCUGAAUCAUUGGAAUCACUUCGUAAAACCAGAGGUAAAAGGAGCGGUAGCGGCGUCGGUGGGUGUAAGGAUCGGGGAGCGACGGAUGUGGUGGCAGUGGCGAAAGAAUCGAGUGAUCCGCAUGAAGAUUUUAGGGCUUCAAUGGUGGAUAUGAUUGUGGAAAGGGGAAUUUUUAGAGUUGAAGAACUUGAAAAGUUGGUGGAAUGUUUUCUUUCGUUAAAUUCUGAAGAGAAUCACAAGGUUAUUUUUGAGGUUUUUGCAGAGAUUUGGGAGACUUUGAUUUCUAAAUCUGAUUUGUGCAAGAAUGACUGA